GGCUUCUUGCUUAUUCUAUAAACAAGUAAACAACGACUUCCUAUUCACAUAAGCCACCAAAUUCACCAACCAUUUCUCCCUCUCUCUCUCUCUCUCUCUGUUUCUCUCGGUGUUGUGAGGGAGUGAUCCAUGGCUUCUUCAUCUCUCUCAACUAAGCCAUUUCUCGGGUCCUCUAGAACCCACAGCUUCUCUCGACUGCCCUCAGAUCUUCGUCCCUCUCCACACCUCUCUUUCCGUUCAUCUAAACUCAAGAAGCUCCAGAUUCAGGCUGCUGGUAGUACAUAUGGAAACUAUUUUCGUGUAACAACUUAUGGAGAAUCUCAUGGAGGUGGUGUUGGUUGCAUCAUUGAUGGAUGCCCUCCAAGACUUCCCUUAUCAGAAGCUGAUAUGCAAGUUGAACUUGACAGAAGGAGGCCAGGUCAGAGUCGGAUUACUACGCCAAGGAAGGAGACCGAUACGUGCAAAAUACUUUCAGGCAUUUCUGAAGAAGUAACUACCGGCACACCGAUAUCUGUAUUUGUGCCCAAUACUGAUCAGAGAGGAAAUGAUUACAGCGAAAUGUCAAUGGCCUAUAGGCCUUCUCAUGCUGAUGCUACUUAUGACAUGAAAUAUGGUGCAAGAGCAGUGCAGGGUGGUGGUAGAUCUUCAGCAAGAGAAACUAUUGGAAGAGUUGCUGCUGGGGCUGUUGCCAAGAAAAUCCUUAAGACUCUUGCAGGAACUGAGAUUCUUGCUUAUGUCUCUCAAGUUCACAAUGUUGUACUUCCCGAGGAUUUGGUUGAUCCUUACACUCUGACUCUUGAUCAGAUUGAGAGUAAUAUUGUUAGGUGCCCAAAUCCAGAAUAUGCUGAAAAGAUGAUUAAUGCUAUAGAUGUUGUCCGUGUGAGAGGGGAUUCUGUUGGUGGUGUUGUCACUUGCAUUGUGAGGAGAUGCCCACGAGGGCUUGGUUCACCAGUCUUUGACAAGCUUGAAGCUGAGCUGGCUAAAGCUGCUAUGUCAUUACCUGCAACAAAGGGUUUCGAAUUUGGCAGUGGCUUUGCAGGUACGACCUUGUGUGGGAGCGAACAUAAUGAUGAGUUCUUCACUGAUGAGCAUGGAAGAAUCAGAACAAGAACAAACCGCUCUGGUGGGAUUCAGGGAGGAAUAUCAAAUGGGGAAAUCAUAAAUAUGAGAAUAGCUUUCAAGCCAACGUCUACCAUUGCAAGGAAGCAGCACACAGUGACUCGAGAGAAAAAAGAAACAGAACUCAUUGCUCGUGGCCGCCAUGAUCCUUGUGUUGUUCCGCGAGCUGUUCCAAUGGUAGAAGCGAUGGUAGCACUGGUGCUUGUUGAUCAAUUGAUGGCACAAUAUGCGCAAUGUAAUCUGUUUCCAAUCAAUCCAGAUCUACAAGAACCAUUGUCAUUGCCAAGGCUUGAGCCAGCCAAUGUAUAAUUGUGAAAGAUGACAAAGCACAGCUAUAGCAUUAUAUUAGCCAUUGGCCUCCACUUAAAUGUACUUCAUCAGGGCAAAUUUUCCUACCAUACGUGAGAGACUUUCAUGUCUAUCUAUCAGAAGGCUAGCUCAAUGUUCGUUUUCUGCUUUUUUGGGUGUGUUUUCCCUAUUUCCUAAUCCAUGAAAUGCAGGGUUCGUGUUGUAUGAAAAGGCGGGGUUCAUAUUGUAAGAAUUGUUUGUUUUUCAUUGUGCUUUAUCGUUGACAAAAAUUAAGAUAAUUUAUUUUGUAAAAGUAAUUUGAAAUAAUGAAAGUCUUGAGCCAUACGUUUA